GCGUAAACAUAAUUGUGCACGAUACACUCGGUGUGCCGAUAGCCGAUUGUCGAAAGAGAGAGAGAGAGAAAACAACAUGAAAUCAAAACAAAUCGCUUCAUAUUCCAACGAAGAAUAAACAACGAAUGCGUUUAUUGUUUGUGUUUUCGUUUGUCAGCAGUUUUAUGUCGCAUUUGCUGCAGCAAAGAUGGUUCGAGAGAUGAUCGACAGCAAAAAUUCAAUGCUUUCAUUUGUAUCGAAUAUUUCGGUUGACUUUGCACGAGCAUCAAAUGUGUCAUUUGGAGUUUCGAUUCGAUUCAGUGUUCACAGACAUUUUUGGGUGAAAAGAAGCUCAACAUUUUUGAUUGCGGAGAAAACAGUGUUCCAUGUAAAUCAUCAUCGCAAUGCCUUAUCAGUAUUUGAUUUGUGUGAAUUUCCAGACCACAAACUGGGAUGCGUAUGGAUCGCGCAAAAAUGACGUCGAAAUCAUAGAAUUCUCGGCAUUGUUGUUGAACACUGAAAAUGGUCUCAUCGAAUCCUUGUUCCAUCAUUAUGUGCGGCCCGUUCAUUUUCCAACGCUCAGUGAAUAUUGCAUCAGUACGACCGGAAUCACGCAAUCGUUCAUUGACCAAGAGAAACCGUUUGAUGACAUUUACAACAAGUUUCUAUGCUGGCUGCGACAGAUGAUUGUGAAGCGUAGUUUGGUUUUUGCAACACCACAAAAUCUCCAUUCGUCGAACGGAGUAUUGAAUGCAACAUUUUGCACAUGGUCUGACUGGGAUUUGGGACACUAUCUCUAUCGUGAAUGCAUACGAAACGAAAAAUCACGCUUUGAGUGUAUGAAAGCCUGGAUCGAUAUUCGGCGUGCAUUCGAUCAACUGUUUCCGAAUCGGUUCACAUUCACGAAUGCGCUUGACUGGGCCAACAUUCAUCGAAACUAUAAUAAUCACUCGGGAUUGGAGGACGCUAACAACCUGGCGAAAUUGGUGAUGCAUUUAAUCGGGCUAGGGCUUCGAUUUGAGGUGGUGACCUCAUGCAGUUAUUAGAUGCCGCAGUUCUCUCUCUCUCUCUCCAUUUUUAAUUGAAUAUCCCUCUCUUUUGGAAGUCAAUUCCAAUUUUAUAACGCUGCCGUGCAGCAUCACAUGAUGAUAUUUGUGAAACAUAACCAAAUACUUUGAUUUAUUUGCUUAGCAUUUCAGCUUCAUUUUAACUAUUCCAAUAAUUGGUGGUAGAUGGUAAAACCAUAUCGAAAUAUUUUAUACAGUAGAACCUCGAUUAUCCGUCAGGCACAGGACCAGCGCAUUGACGGAUAAUCGAAAAAGACGGAUAAUCGAGACUUUCAUAUGAAUAAAACAAAAUAAUCAUAAUUUC